AUGGAACCGUCAAAUUUUCAUUCGACGGUGCUGGCCCGUCCACCUGGCAUGUAUGAUGAGGAUGAUGAUCACAGACGGCGCCAACGCGACAUUUUGAAUCCACCAGCGCCCAGCCAGACCGGUCCAGGUUCUGGUGGCUCUUCCUCUGCUGGCGGUCCACGUCCCCCUUUCAGCCUCCGGUCGCCAACACAAUCCGAAUUCCAUCAUCAAUCAUCACAGCAUCACUAUUCCGCACCAUCGACGGCGUCCGGCCCGCAGUCGACCUACAACGGCACCAACAACGGCGUGCCACAGUCGCAGUCGCAGUCGCACUCGCGCUCCAACUCGCAUUCGCGACACUCGUCCUCCUCGGUCCUCCACAGCCCUUACCAACAGGCAUCUACAACUUCAAGACCUGCACAUGCCCGUGAUUUGCAUCGGUCGCCUCAGCCAUCGGGUCUGCAGGCGCCGCAGCGAUCGCCAGGGCUGCACGCGCCGUCGGUAUACUACUCCCAAGACUCCCGCGAGCAUCAUCCGCCUCCACCGAAGCCAAUCGACAAACCCGCGUCGAGUGGAAGGAGUUUUUACGACCCUCUAACCGACACGACGACCACUUCGACCUUGGACCGGGAGAAAAGGACCUCGGAUGCUGGAAGCUCAUGGCACAACGCGACGACAAACGCGGUGUCGACUCCGUCUCAUCGUGACGCGUACAGCAGUUACUCCAAGCCGGCUGCAAACCCAAGCCCAUACUACGGGAACGGAAAUUACACAUCACCUACGGCCUCAAGUUAUCCUCCACGAAGCCCAGCUUCACACCCACAAUCAGUGACCACUGGCGCUGCUGAGUCGAUAAGCCCCCCUACCCGGCCGCCCCGGAUGGCGACGCCGAAUAUAUUGAAUCCGACCACGACGACUUCAAUGGCUGCAAUGUCGCAAGCAGAGUCACCGGCCCAGAAGGCUGCAGUUUCUGCUCCGACACCAAGUCGUGCUGCUGAGCUCAUGUCUUUCUCCAACAUCCUGUCCAGUUCCGAGCCUGCACCAAAACCCCGGCCGAGAUCACCUGUACUCGCCGAAACACCCAGCAAGCAGCCGGAACCCGAACCCGAACCCGAACCAGAGCAGGAGCCUAUAGAAGAAGCCUCGAAAGAACCAUCACCUCAGCCAGCGGACAUGGAUGAAACGAGCGAUUCACCCCCUUGCCCCGAAAAGCCGGCCGAGGUUGAUGCCGAGACAGAGCCUGACGCGGAAAUGCAUGACGAUGUCGAUACCGUCGAUGGGCUUGAAGAGUCCGAAAAACUUGAACCACCAAUCAAGCGCGAAAAGAACGCCAAGGUCGAAAAAGCUCCCAGGCGGCCAAGGGCCGUCGAAAAAGAAAAGAAGGAGCGGGUAACCAAGGCACCUAGGAAGUCGGCAGGGGCAAAGGGUCGUGCAUCUGAAGUCAAGGCGGAGUCGACUCCGAAGCAGUCUCGCCGCUCGUCAGGCAAACAAGAAGCCUUGAGUUCAUCGCGUGUGCCCGCCAAGCGACAAGCCAAUGGCUUGACUAAACAGAAGGCUCAGGCUCUUGAGCAGGAAAAGGCCGUCGUUGCUGAGAUGGAGCGACUUGACGAAGAGCCUUUGGACGAGUCUGAGGCCAGGGCAGAGUUGCGAGCUUUCAAGAAGCGCAAGCUCAAUCGCCAGAAGGCCCUCGAGAUGACGGAUAUGUCAGCAGCAACGGAAUUGCUCCCCUCGCUCAAGGAUGAGGCCAUCAAUCGACACCACAGACGACAUGACUUCAGUGCGGAAAUGGUGCUGAAGUUGGGUGUCCAUGUCGCCCUUGGUAGGCUUCGGUAUGGUGAUCAACACUACGAUGCUGCCCUGAAGGAGGUCCGCGAGCAGGAACUUUUUGCCGAAAAGGAGCGCAAGAAGGACAUGCAACGGAAGCGGCGGCGCGAGAAAUCCAUGGCCGUCACCAUUGAGCAAAAGGAAGCAGCGCUUGCCAAGGCUCAUGCCACUGAGGACAAGCUGGAACGCCAGAAGCUUCUCCGCGAGGCUGAGCGGGCCAACAAGAAGGCACAGCAGACCAAGCUUAUCUUGCAGAAGGGCAUCAAGGGACCAGCACGCAACAUCACACCUAUGGACAUGAACCUCGAUGGAGGAACCAUGGCUACGUUCUCGGCGGAUAGCAUGGAGCCCGGCAAGGGCAAAGGUAAAGGCCGUGCCGGCAACAGGCCCAAGAAGUCCAAGGAGCAAAAGCAGGCUGAGAAGGAGGCUGCUGAGGCGGCCCAGGCUGCUUUGGAUGCCGGCCAGGAGCUGCCAUCCAAAGAAGAGAACCCCAAGAUCCGCAUCAAGGUCAACAAAGGGAAGCUUUCCAAGGACAAGGAUAGAGACGUCGAUGUUGACACCAUCGAUGGGGACAACACAGAGACUAAGGACCCAGAAGAGCCCCCACCCAAGAAGAAGGGCAAAGUCGUCGAAGAGGUCAAGGACAGCCUCGAAACUCGAUUCCAAUCCAAGGGUUAUAACCAGAUAUACGAUCAAAUCUGGCGGGACAUGGCUCGAAAAGACGUCAGCAAGGUCUACAGGCUCGCCACGGACUCCUACUACACCAAGGCGUCGAAUCUCAAGAAGACGGCGAUACUUGCAGCCAAGGAGGCAAAACGUUGGCAACUACGCACCAACAAGGGCAUGAAAGAUCUCCAGGCCCGUGGCAAACGUGUCAUGCGUGACAUGAUGACCUUCUGGAAGCGCAACGAGCGUGAAGAGCGCGAUCUCCGAAAAGCUGCAGAGCGCCAAGAGCUCGAAAACGCCCGCAAGGAGGAGGCAGACCGCGAAGCUGCAAGACAGAAGAGAAAGCUUAACUUCCUUAUCUCCCAGACUGAGCUGUACUCUCACUUCAUUGGAAAGAAGAUCAAGACCGAUGAAGUUGAGCGCAGUACCGAUCGUCCCGAGGUGGCGGCCGAGGAGCAAAAGAACAAGCCGGCUGAGGAGAAGACACUCACCGUCAAGGAGCCCACAGGGCCUGUGGGGGCCAAGGUCACGAACUUUGAGAAUUUGGACUUUGAUGCUGAAGACGACGAGACUUUGCAGGCUGCAGCCAUGGCGAAUGCACAGAAUGCCAUCGCUGAGGCUCAAAGAAAGGCACGCAACUUCAACAACGAUGACGAGCCUGACGAGGAUGGCGAGAUGAACUUCCAGAACCCGACCGGUCUCGGUGACGUUGAGAUUGAGCAGCCCAAGCUCCUCACUGCUACCCUCAAGGAAUACCAACUCAAGGGUCUCAACUGGCUUGUCAACCUUUACGAACAAGGCAUCAACGGUAUCCUGGCAGAUGAAAUGGGUCUCGGAAAGACAAUCCAGUCCAUCUCGGUCAUGGCGUAUCUCGCAGAGCACCACGAUAUUUGGGGUCCGUUCCUUGUUGUCGCUCCGGCAUCGACCCUGCACAAUUGGGAACAGGAGAUCAAGCGUUUCGUGCCCGACCUCAAGAUUGUUCCAUACUGGGGCUCUGCAGCCGACAGAAAGAUUCUGCGAAAAUUCUGGGACCGCAAGCACUCGACUUAUAAGCGUGACGCACAGUUCCAUGUCGCCAUCACUUCAUAUCAAAUGGUAGUUUCUGACGUUGCCUACUUCCAGAAGAUGAAGUGGCAGUACAUGAUUCUAGAUGAAGCUCAAGCCAUCAAGAGUUCUCAGAGUUCACGAUGGAAGUGUCUCCUCAGCUUCCACUGCCGAAACCGCCUGCUCCUGACGGGAACUCCUAUCCAGAACAACAUGCAAGAGCUUUGGGCACUGCUCCAUUUCAUCAUGCCGUCCUUGUUCGACAGCCACGAAGAGUUUAGCGACUGGUUCUCCAAGGAUAUCGAGUCUCACGCGCAAAGCAACAGCAAGCUGAACGAGGACCAGCUCAAACGUCUACACAUGAUUCUGAAGCCUUUCAUGUUGCGACGUGUCAAGAAACAUGUGCAGAAGGAGCUUGGCGACAAGAUCGAGCUCGACGUCUACUGCGACCUCACAUACAGGCAGCGUGCAUACUACGCCAACCUGCGCAACCAGAUCAGCAUCAUGGAUCUGAUAGAAAAGGCCACCAUGGGCGACGACAACGACUCGGGCACGCUCAUGAAUCUCGUCAUGCAGUUCCGCAAGGUUUGCAACCACCCUGACCUUUUCGAGCGUGCAGAUACCAGCUCGCCUUUGGCAUUGGUGAGGUUUGCCGAGACAGGGUCGUUUGCCCGCGAGGGCAACGAUGUGACUGUUGGCUACACAACAAGAAGUGUAGUGGAAUACAGUCUGCCACGUCUUCUUUGGCGCGAUGGAGGUCGUCUCACCAAGGCCGGAAGCGAUAACUCCUCGGCAGGAUUCAAAAGCCGUUAUUUGGGAGAGUUGAUGAACAUCUGGUCUUCCACGAACAUUCGCGAGAGCCUAGACGGUACCGACAACUUCUCAUUCCUGCGGUUUGCCGAUACCAGCAUGGCAGAGGCUGAGAAGGCCGGUAAGACGGACUUGUUUGCUCGUGCCUCUGAACUGGCUCAACGACGGAACCGCUUGGCCAAUAUGCACGUUGCAUAUGACGACGACGAGGAGAACAAUUUCACCCCAGCUCAUGCCCUCUUCCUUAUCCGGCAGAGGCAGGAUAGCACAGCUCUCUCGGAGAUCACAUCCGAGGGUGCAAUGCGAAACCUAAUGAACGUAUCGCAUGUCAUGUAUGAGGAUGCCAACCUGCCCCGGAUGGAGCAGGCUGCCCGUCCGGGUGCGUCUGCUCCACCGAUCGAGGUGGUUUGUCACACCUCCAGCACUCAGGUCGAGCGCGAGCGCGUCUUAUUCAAUGUGCCAAUGCGCAAGGCACUGUUCGGCCCCGACCUAGACGAACAAAAGGAGUUUGUGCUGCAAAAGGUUCCGGCUGAGCAACUGCCGCCGCCACCACUGCUUCCCAAACCAGACAACGAGAGGCAGCGUUUCACUAGCAUUACGGUUCCUUCGAUGCGCCAGUUCAUUACUAAUUCAGGAAAGCUCGCCAAGCUGGAUGAGCUGCUGUUCAAGCUCAAGGCCGGCGGGCAUCGUGUCCUGCUCUACUUCCAAAUGACAAGGAUGAUUGAUCUCAUGGAGGAGUAUCUCACCUACCGCAACUGGAAGUACUGCCGUCUGGAUGGUUCCACCAAGCUCGAGGACCGUCGCGAUACAGUGCAUGACUUCCAGACGAAUCCUUCGAUUUUUGUUUUCCUUCUCUCCACUCGUGCCGGUGGUUUGGGAAUCAACUUGACAUCGGCAGAUACCGUCAUCUUCUACGAUUCUGAUUGGAACCCUACCAUUGAUUCGCAAGCCAUGGACCGAGCCCAUCGUCUCGGACAGACAAGGCAAGUCACCGUGUACCGGCUCAUCACACGUGGAACGAUUGAAGAGCGGAUACGGAAGCGCGCCAUGCAAAAGGAAGAGGUGCAGCGUGUCGUCAUUACCGGAGGUGCAGGUGCCAGCUCAGGAGUCGAUUUCUCUGGCCGUAGGGCGCCCGAGAAUCGCAACCGCGACAUUGCUAUGUGGCUUGCAGACGACGAUCAAGCAGAGCUCAUCGAGAGGCGCGAGCGCGAGCUGCUCGAGAGCGGCGAGUUGGACAAGGUCGCAAAGAAGCGUGGUGGUGGCAAGCGUAAAAAGGCUGUCAAAGACACGGGCGGCGAUGGCGGGGGCGUCAGCCUCGACGAGAUGUAUCACGAAGGUGAAGGAAAUUUUGACGACAAUAAGCUCUCUGGGGCAGCGACGCCUAAUGUUCCGGACUCAACUGACGCUAAGCCUGGUAAGAAAAAGAAGGCUACGGGCAAGAAAGCCAAGACUACGAAGCAGCGAUUAGCAAUUGCGGAUGGGCAGAUGGAUAUGUAA